GUCGCCUCACCGCGCCAACUCUCGCUUGGCAGCAGAAAUGUCAGUUGAGGUGGCUGUUCAUGUGUCUUGUUUGCUCUUUUUCUGAGCUAAACCGAUCCAAUGAAAGGGUAACUAACACGCCGGAAACCACAAAAUUGAGUCAAAGAGGAGGAUUAUUUUAAUCUUCAGACAUGGGGGCCCUGAUAUCCCGAUGGAAGACAAAGCCAACCACAGUUGAUCAGCUGGAGAACAUUGACAAGGAGAUCAAAGAUCUCGAGGAGUUCAGAGCCAAAAACCAACGGCUACAAAAGUUGUGGGUGGGCCGGUUGAUUCUCUACUCAUCAGUCCUUUACCUGCUGACCUCUGUGAUUGUGUACUGGCUCUACCUGCCUGAUCAAUGGCUGCAGAGACUGUCCAUGGCGCUGCCUUUCUUUAUUUACCCUGUUCUGGUGUGGUUUAUCAGAAAGCUGUUGGUAUUUCUGUUUUCAAAACGCACUGAGAGAAACAAUGAUAAACUGGAAGAUCUAAAGGCAGCAAAGAAGAAGAUUCUGGAGGAAGUGAUGGAAACGGAGACAUACAAAAACGCCAAACUCAUCCUGGAACGCUUUGACCCUGAAGCCAAAAGGAAAGCUGAGCUAGAGUCGACUCCAGUGCGUCCUCAGAUGACUCCCAGGCCAGGACAAGAGAUUCGACAAAGAGGGCCACAAAUGAGACCCAUGCCAGUGGGGUCCCCAGGUGCAAUGGCAAUGACUCCCCAGGGAGCUCGGCCCACAUUGGCACCAGGAGGUACACCUGUGGCUCCAGGAGGACCACCAGAGAGAUCAGCUUUGUCAGCUUCUGUGCUCCAGGGGGCCAUACCCAGGACCCCCUGCUCCCCUGUUCCAGGUGUAGGUUUACACCCACCAGGUCCUCCAUUAGCGAGACCCAUUCUGCCAAGAGACAGGGGAGCAGUGGACAGAGUCAUUGAGUACCUGGUAGGAGACGGACCACAGAACAGAUUUGCCCUGAUCUGCCAACAAUGUUUUUCUCACAAUGGCAUGGCUCUGAAAGAAGAAUUUGAAUAUUUAGCGUUUCGUUGUGCAUAUUGCUACUUCUUGAAUCCGGCAAGAAAGACGCGCCCUCAAGCUCCCAGGCUUCCAGAGUUCAGCUAUGAGAGGAAACUGCGGGCAGAAUCGCGUUCCCCUGGACCAUCACGGCAUUCGGGAAUAGAAACAGAGGAGAGCCCACCCCCUUCUGGAGCAAAGGCUCCGGCCCCGUGGAAUAUGGUCCACAGUUUCCGGAUCCAGCAGAGUCCAAAGAAACCUCAGAGCCGACCUCUGCCGAGUCCAGAUGAAAAAGAGCUGAUAGAAGAUGAACGACCCACUACAGAAGUAGAGAGUGAGAGCCAAUCAGAGGAGCAGCACCCACCACAACAACAGGAGGAGGAGGAUAAAGUAGUUGAGGAGGAGGAGGAAGAGGAAAUGAUGGAAGCAGAGGAGAGUGAGAAAGAAGCCAAGUCAUCGUAGUGGUGACGUGAUGUCUGAUCAUCCUGUCUGAACAAAGGGGCUUUGAUCGGCCAUGACUGACAGGUGACACUUUAAAGCAAUAUAGAUGGACAAUAUUUUCAUGAACAACAGAUCAAUCAUAUCUUUUGUCCAUGCAACCAAAAUCUCGAAUUGUUUUUGCUAUAUCUAUAAAAACACAUAGUCGAAUGUGAAUUAAAGUAACAACAUUACCCAUAAUGUUUUAACUAAAAUUGUCUGACCAUAUUGCCUAAAACUGUCGCCAACAUAUCAUGGCCUUAACAGUUACAUUGAUGAUUGUAGUUCAAAUCUUAAGUCUGUUUCUGGAUAGAGUAGUUUGCUGCUGAUAAGGCUGUUUUUGUGCUAACUGACAGAGUUAAUUCAUCAGUAUUUUUAUGAUUUAUUUAAGGUGACAGGGUUGUUUAAGGUUUGAAGUAGCUGGUUGUUGUAUGUUUUGUUGUUUUAAAGAGUUUUUAAUUUAGAUAAAAUUGCUAUAGGUUCUUAACAGUAAAAGUGGAAACAUGCUUGAAUUAUAAUUCUUGUAGUGACCUGUACCCCACACAGUGUGGUGUCUGUGUUCUCACUUUAAGAUGCAAAUUUAAGUUUCAGACAUUAAUUGGAUUCACUGUUUUGUUGGAUGGUGUGAAGAAAUUUAUUGCCAAGAAACCAUUUUAAUCCUCAAGAGUAAAGCUCUAGAUAAACAUUUAUCAUUUAAUGUGUUUACAGUUUAUCCAUUCAGGUAUGCCAUCAAAGUUGAGGCUAGUUCCCCAUUAAAACUCUCACCCUGAAGUCUUGGAUUAAUUUGUUUUACUCACAUUUUACUACGUACUGAUGGAUGUCGACAUUUUAUACCGUUGAAUUGUAACUUGAAAAGUUCUGAAGUUGUAGGCCAAAACAGGAUUCAAGAUGAUAAUGUUAUCAGUUUUUUUUCUUUUUAGGGAGGCAGCUACAGCAGAUGUGAACACAAACUGCUUCUGAUAAUUCUUGUUUUUGUUUGCUGGAGAGAAAGUUUGGUGCAGUCAUACUUUUUGUUGGCCUUCAUCUCUCAGAAGCAAACUACUUUCACUGAUAUCAAAGGCCCAGUGUGUAAGAUUUCUCAGAGUGUUGGAUGAAAUGGGAUGUGAUAUUUGUAUUUAUGUUUUCAUUGUAGGAGAAUCAAAAAACAACAAUCCUCAUGUUUGUAGGAUGCCCACAUAGUCUGUUGUUUUGCACUGCCAAAUUUGUACUGUAGCCAAUAACAGAUACACCAAGCACAGACUCUUUGAAGGUCUUAUGGGAGUGUUGUGGCUAUCACUGACACAGCUAUACAUUUGAAAAAAGUAAGGAUUACAUUCUGCAAUCUCACCACUAGCUCUAUGUAAAUCCUUUACACUUAUUAAUGUCCAAAUUAUUGCUGCAGUAACCCAGUACUUUGUGUUGUUACGAUCAGCAACCAAUAGAUAAGAAGAACGUGUUUUUUGGGGACAGCUUUUAGAAAGCAGUUUUAAAUGUGUAGAUGAAACUGACCCCUUUUACUAUUCAGUAUAACCUUCCUGCAUUGUCUGUGCCUUUCCUCAAUCAAGACAACACAAAGUCAGCAAUGAAAGUCAGAUUUUUCAGAAUAAAGUGUCUUUGAAGUUUUUUUUUUGUUUGUUUGUUUUUUAACACUGAACCUCUGUCAGCUUGUUGAUGGAAUAAGUGUUAAUGAGUUAUGCUAAGAAUCAAAGUCGGUGAACCUUUAAACAUUUGGCAGUUGGAAGAAUUAAAUGCAUAUUAAACUCAGAUCUAGUUGAUGCCAAACCUAAUUCUACAUAGGAUUAUUGUUUGCCAACUACACUGUUAAUUGAUCAUUAUCUGGCUCCUUUUGCACUGAGUUUCUCUUUUUAUUUAUUUGGCCAUAUUGUAUUUCUGAUGUUGCUGCUCUGUGUGGUGUCCAUGUUACUGUCACAACUACUUAAAAGCAGAGGCCUGGUCUGGGCUAAGUUGCCUCAAGGUUGUAUAAAGUUAGUGUUUUUGAGAAGUGUUAUCAUCUUUUUGCCUUUGUUAAUUGUAAGUGUUAAAUUUGUGCACUAAUGACAGGAACCUCCAGUAACAUGUGCUGUGUUGCUCCUGUUAGACAUUGUUUUCCAUGUAGUCUGCCCUCUGGUAGCAAAUAACAAUUUAUUUUGUUUUCAAGUGGAGCAAGAACAAAUAGAGAGGGUCUGUGCAAACUUAGAUGUUGUCUGGUCAAAGAAACAUAGCCAGGCUCAUUGGGCAAACACAUGUAGGAGUACACAGAUGACUUGUUUUAGUUUGGGAUUUUCACUAAAAACUCCUAUUUUUGUUUGUAAUUAGUUUUAACUCCUGUUUCAGACCCUGUGAUGAAUUUAAAGCUGCCUGACCCCACAGUGUGACAUUUGAAUUUUUCCUAUUUAUUCCCUUCCACCAGGCAGCUGUGUUUACAAAAUCUUUAACCAGAUGCAUCAUGAUACCUGUGCCUGCUUACUGACUUGUUUUAAUAAGGAUUUUAUCCCCUAUAAUACCUGCUGAUGAUGAAAUUGUGGCUUAAAAAUGUAGCUGUAACUUUUAAUAUUCAAAACUUCCUCCUUAGCUCUUAACUUGCCUCAAACACUGACACGUGAAAUACUUGUUUUAUCUGUAGUUUUAUUUGUCUCUGCUUGAUUUAUCACCUCUAUUUUUGCCAAUGCUGGAUGACAUUAAGUGUGUGCAUGGCACGCAGAAUAAAUUUUUUAAAAGCAAAA